CGAAAACAAUAAAAACCAGCUUUGGAAAAUUACGAGGGAGAGAAAGAAAAAUGACGAAUACAAAAUAGCAGCAGAUUGGAGUAUUUUUCAAUUCACCUAUAGCAUCCUGCAAACAUGGAUUUCAAUGGAAUACCAGUGCCUCAUAGUCAUGGUUAUCCAACUCCUCCACCAAUGGGCGGUCCAACUGACGUAAUGGGACAUGGAGACCCAAUGAUGGCACCAGGGAUGCUUGAGGAACACUUUGCGCCACCCCCUCAUGAUAACAGUAUGUACCAGCAAGCUCCCUCACACCAUGACAUUGGACCCUAUUCAGAGCUUCAAAGUAUCCUGGUAGAUGGAGGAGACAGGUUUGGAGUUUCACACCUGUGCUUUGACACUCAGGAUCUCCUGUGGAUGGGCAAUCAGGGGGGCCAUGUGACAUCCUACUAUGGCACAGAGCUUCAGAAGUACACAUCAUUUCAAAUCCACAAUUCAGAGGACAUUCGACAAAUUGUUCCUCUGGAACGUGGCAUCUUGUCUCUUACCCAGGGCAGUCUUCGUUGUUCACUCAGACGGGGACUUUCUGUAUUCACCUAUACUGGUGCCAAUAUGCACAACAUGCAGUGUAUGUUGAUGACCAAUUCUCAUUCUGUCCUGAUUGGUGGACAUCAAACUAAAGCGCUCCAGUUAGAUCUGGAAAUGCUUAAGGAAAUUAGAACGAUUGACAUACCAGAACCAGGGUGUGCUAUCUUCAGAAGUUCCAAUAAGUUUAUUUGUGCUGGCGAUACUGGUGGAAAGGUGACCUUGUAUGACCCCAACACUAUGAAUGCAGAACAUGUCUUGGAUGCCCAUAGUGGCACAUUGUCAGACUUUGAUGUACAGGGUAAUCUGCUUGUGACAUGUGGCUUUUCCACCCGUCUAAACAGUAUGACUGUGGACCGUUUCCUGAUGGUAUAUGACAUGCGUGUGAUGAGAGCAAUGUCUCCUAUACAAGUUGUCAUAGAUCCCAUGUUUCUCAAGUUCAUUCCUUCAUUUAGUAAUCGAAUAGCCCUUGUAUCACAGGCAGGGCAAUUCCAAGUAAUAGAGACAACGGCCAUGACUCCAUCAGCAAUGAUGAUGUAUCCCAUCAACACCCAGGGAGGGUUUGUCACAAGCUUUGAUAUUUCAUCGUCUUGCCAGGCACUGGCAUUCGGAGACACAGGAGGUUAUCUACACUUAUUUGCGACUGGAGACCAAGCAACCUUCAAUACAUAUCACCACGCCCCAGAGUUUGCAGACCAUCUGGAGCCUCUACAACAUAUUUCUAUCACAGAUGAGCUGACACCCAUGUCUAUCAUCCCAAUGGUCUAUCCUACUAACGGCACACUUCUGUCUGAUUGGCCUGAUCACCUGUGUGAGAGGGCCUACAGGAAGCCGAAGAAAAUUGACCCUGAAAUCUUGCGUACCAUGAAAAUCCAACACAACGUUGGUUAUGCUAAAAACCUAGGGAAGGAAUGUCGGAAUCAGACACCAUAUUUGAUGAAGACUGAAAAGAAGAAAGGAAAAUCUGGUAUCCCAGAGUCACCACUAGGUCGAGGUGAAGACCCCUUCUUUGUGGUUCCCAAACGUUUCAGGAAAGUAGAUCUGAAGUACUCCAAACUUGGCCUGGAAGACUUUGACUUCAGACUCUACAACAAAACACAUUUUGCUGGUCUGGAAACACACAUCCCCAAUGCCUACUGUAACUGUAUGCUCCAGGUGCUGUACUUUAUAGAGCCACUGAGAUGUACACUACUGAGCCAUCUGUGUGAUAAGGAAUUCUGUCUCUCCUGUGAGCUGGGGUUCCUGUUCCAGAUGUUGGAUAAACAGAAAGGCCAGGCAUCACAGGCGAGUAAUUUCCUACGAGCAUUUCGUACCGUUCCUGAGGCGGCAGCUCUCGGACUUGUCCUGGCAGAGAAUGAGGAGAACGAAGGUCACAUCAACUUGUCUAGACUCGUACAAAGCUGGCAGCGGUUUAUGUUCCCACAGAUUCACUCAGAAAUUCUUCAAAGAAUUCUGGUGGAGGAUUCAAAAGAGGAAGCAGGGGAGGGAGCUAAUAAAACAGAGGACGAAAAAUCUAAUGAAAAACCAACAGAAACUACGCCACCAAAGUCGAGGAAAAAGAAGAAAAAGAAAGGAAAGAAGAAAGGAAAAGAACCAGCAGAGGAAGAGGACAAAGAUAAAGGAGGCUCCCAGGGGGACGAGAAAGAAGUACAGGAAGCACCUGUUGAAGAAAUAUACGAGGAGACAUCAGUUCUGUCCAGUCUGAUGCACCUGAAGAUGGUGACAACAUUAAAGUGUCGGUGUGGCCUGGAAACCCUGAAGACAUCAGACAAUGCUCUGAUUAACCUCUCCUAUCCUGACUGUUCUCCACCAGGUCCUAACAAGCCACCAGUGAUGUUCACGUUUGCCCAGGUGUUAAAACAUAGCAUGAUGAUGGAGCAGACAACACAAGCUUGGUGCAAUGAGUGUAGUCGUUACCAGCCACACACACGACUGAAAGUUAUACAAAAUCUUCCUGACAUUUUGGCAUUUAAUUGUGGUCUGGAAAAUGUCAGAGACUUUGAAUUCUGGCUUAUUCAACAAAUGCUGAUCAAACAACAGAGAGAAGAGUCCGGGGAAAGUCUCUCUAGUACAAACUCCUCUCCACUAAUGUCCACCUCCUCCCAGGUUAUGUGUCGCUAUGGACGCUCCUGUACGAGGAAGGGAUGUCGCUUCAAACAUGAGCCUGGCCAUGGAGAUAAGGAUAAAGAGCCAGAAGAAGAUAUGAAUUCAAUCUGGAUUCCCAUGGGCCUCCGAGUGGAACUCUCUAAUGAAGGGAGGGUAGAAUUAGUGGAAAUUCCAGAUGAUGAGCCGUUGCCAAAAGAGGAAGACCCAAACAUCAAGUAUUAUGAACUGUAUGCGACAGUGGCCCACAUCAAGGAUUCAAAGUCUGGUGGGAAUUUGGUGACACACAUCAAUGUUGGAGAGACGUAUCAUUUCCGCAAGGAAAACGUGACCUGUACACAGUGGUAUCUCUUCAAUGACUUCUCGAUUACACCAGUAGAAAAGCAUGAGGCAGUGCAAUUCAACCUGGACUGGAAAGUACCAUGUACAAUUUAUUUCAUGAGAAGACAGGUUCAUAAACAUUAUGACAUACCAGUGAAGAAUCCAAUCUCUGCUGACAUAUUGUUUGAUGACGUUGCUCUAGUCAACCCACAACGAAGGAAAGUGUCAUUUACACCUCUAACUGCAGAAGAGCUUCCAAAAGAAGGGGACACUAUCGCACUGGAUGCAGAGUUUGUUUCAUUGAAUCAGGAAGAAUCAGAGCUGAGAAGUGAUGGCACAAGGUCUACCAUUAAACCAAGUCAUCUGACUGUGGCGAGAAUCUCCUGUAUUAGAGGGCAAGGUGAUAAAUGCGGGGAGCCAUUCAUUGAUGAUUAUAUAUCUACACAGGAACAGGUUGUAGAUUACUUGACCCAAUAUUCUGGUAUCAAGCCAGGUGACCUUGACCCCACAGUGUCCUCAAAGCACUUAACGACCUUGAAAUCAACGUACCAGAAGCUGAGAUAUCUGGUAGAUGCUGGUUGUCUGUUUGUAGGUCAUGGAUUGAAGAAAGACUUCAGAGUCAUCAAUAUCAGAGUUCCCAAGGACCAAGUUAUAGACACAGUAGAACUCUUCCACAUCCCACGCCAAAGGAUGAUCUCACUCAAGUUUCUCGCUUGGUACUUCCUCAAGCUGAAUAUCCAGUCUACAACCCACGACUCUGUUGAGGAUGCACACACAGCUCUUCAGCUGUACCUCAAGUACCAGGAGAUGUCUAAAGAAGGUAUGGACAAAGUGCGGGCCACCAUCAAGGAAAUGUACGAAGAGGGCCGUCGUAUUCAGUGGAAAAUCCCAGACUUAGAGGAGGAAGAACAGACUGAGGAACAAGUUGCUCUGUUGUGAGCAGUGUAACAUACUGGGAAAGUAAAAGUAGGAUCUGUAGUGUUUGCAGCAAGAUAACCAAUGAAGUGCUUGUAAAGCGAAAGAUACAUACCAGUGAUGCUGUGUGAUUUACAUGUAAAGUGAAAGUAACAUACCAGUGCUGUUCCUUUGUGAUUUAUUUGUAAAGUGAAAGUAACAUACCAGUGCUGCUGUGUGAUUUAUAUGUAAAGUGAAAGUAACAUACCAGUGCUGCUGUGUGAUUUAUAUGUAAAGUGAAAGUAACAUACCAGUGCUGCUGUGUGAUUUAUAUGUAAAGUGAAAGUAACAUACCAGAGCUGCUGUUUGAUUUAUAUGUAAAGUGAAAGUAACAUGCCAAUGCUGCUGUGUGAUUUACAUGUGUAAAGUGAAAGUAAGAUACGAUUGCUCUCCUUGUUGUCCACCACCACUUACCAACUUAAUGUACUCAAUUACUGGGAUUCUUAUUUAUUGUUUGGUAGCUUAAAAAGAUAUUGAUGUUAAUGUCAGUUUAAUUACUGUGAAAUUAUAGGUUGUUAAGUAUUUGGUGAGACGAUGAAAUAACAGAGUCAUGUUUCCCAAACAAUAUCUCAUUUGUCUACUUUUUAAGCAUAUGUUUGUUUACUUUUUCCUUGGCAAGUAUUUCAGCAUAGUGACUAACUGUAUACAUCACGGAUGUAAACGUAAAUAUCACUUUCGUCUGUAUCCGUAUUGUACAGCUUAUAACAUUUAUUGACUGUCAUGCUUUUAUCAUCCUCAAAAUUCCAGUGGUUGUUAGCUCACCUGGUCCAAAGGACCAAGGUGUGCUUAUGCCUUACCAUGGCAUCCAACAUCCGUCCGUCAACAAUUGACUUCAUCUUCCGAUAAGAAUUCAACCAAAUUUGGUAGGAACCAUCCCUAUACUAUGUGGCUGGGAUUCAAAUCUAUACAAAUGAUGGGGCUGACCCCACAGGUGCCAGAGUGGCAGGGUCAAAAAGUGUCCAUUUGGCAAUAUUGAUAUUAACAACUUCUUCUCUGGAACUAAGCAAUGUAUGACAUUGAUAUUUUAGUGGUUACAUCCCUAGGUGGCUUGGAUACAAAUUUAUACAUGGGCUGACCCCCCAGUUGCCUGAGGGGCAGGGCAAAAGGGAGCAAUUUGACUAUAGUAUAUUGCUAUAAACGACUUCUUUUAUUUUUGAAACUGUUGAGAUCCCCCUAACCAUAUAUACCGUAGUAUUGUUAGCCAUCAAAAGAUAAACACAUUCAUGCUGUAAAAAUAGGCCUUGGACUCUUUCUCCACCCCUGAAGACUUAGUUCCUUUGUUAUAACUUUGAAGCUGUUGAGAUCCCUACCCCAUAAUCUUAUGUAGCAUUGCUGGGCAUCAAAAGAUGAAUAUAAAAAUAGACCCUCACUCCAAAAGACUUAGUUCCUUUGUUAUAUCUUUGAAAUAUUUGCUCAAAUCAACCAGGUGACUGAUACAGGCCCUAUGGGCCUCUUGUAUUAAUGUACAAUGUGAAGGGAUGUUAAAAUAAUUGAGAUUGUAUCACUUGGAUCUUGUGUAUCUAACCCUUUAUUCCCAUUGUAAAUCUUUCCUAUUUUUCUUAUCAAAUUGUAUCAGGAAUAUGAAAUUGACAUUAUGGAAUGAUUGUAACUUGAAGUUAUCAAAGAUUAAAAUUUAUUUUCAACUGCACAUUAAUGAAAAUCAUGUUGAAAUGUAAAGGCCAAUAUUGAAAUAUAUUUGUUGUUAGAGAAUUGUGACUGAACUAUGUAUAGUGCUAAUGGAUAGAAGCCUGUGCAUGUAUACACACAAAUAAAUAAAAUAUUGAAAAGUU